AUGAUCCGACUACCUGGACAAUAUUGUUGCCCGUUGAAAUCUGCUGUGUGGACAGGCAUUUGGUUGGAAUUCUUCGGCACCGUCCCUCUGCCCUCUGUCCUCUCAAGUGCUCUCCAAUCCUUCGUCUUCCCUCCCAUGCUUAACCCUGCGUUCCCUGCUUCCUCAGUCUUUGGCCUAACUAUCCUGACUAUUUGGGAUCACCACUGGUCUUUCUACUUUAAGUCUGUCCCUUUCCUUCCCUCUGCAGUGCUCCACAUUGCACGCAAGUCAAUUUCUCAUCUCUGCUCUGAACUAGAGCUGGACUCUCCAUAA